UAUUUUCCUCAUUUUUUCCUUCUUAGGCCAUUGUAAAUUGGAGAAAUGGGUCACACAAAUGAAUCAGUAGUGUCUGAGUUUGUACUUUUGGGACUCUCCAAUUCUUGGGAACUUCAACUUUUCUUUUUUGCCGUCUUCUCAAUCAUCUAUGUGGCAUCUGUGCUAGGAAACAUCAUGAUUAUUGUCAUCAUUUCCUGUGACUCCCACCUGAACUCUCCCAUGUACUUCCUGCUCAGUAAUCUUUCUUUCAUUGAUAUCUGCCAAGCUAACUUUGCCACUCCCAAGAUGCUGGUGGACUUCUUUGUUGAGCACAAGACUAUCUCCUUUGAAGGCUGCAUGGCACAAAUAUUUUUUCUUCAUACCUUUGUGGGGAGUGAGAUGAUGUUGCUAGUGGCUAUGGCAUAUGACAGAUUUAUUGCCAUACGUAAGCCCCUGCACUAUAGUACCAUCAUAAACCGCAAACUGUGUGUAAUUUUUGUGUCUAUAUCCUGGGUUGUUGGUAUUCUUCAUUCUGUGAGUCACUUGGCUUUUACAGUGAAUCUUCCAUUCUGUGGUCCCAAUGAGGUAGAUAGCUUCUUUUGUGACCUUCCCCUGGUGAUAGAGCUGGCUUGCAGGGAUACAUUUAAAACACAAAUUAUAACCUUGAUUAACAGUGGCCUGAUCUCACUGAGCUGUUUUCUGGCUUUGAUUAUUUCCUACAUCAUCAUUUUGGUCACUGUCCGCCGUCAGUCCUCCAGUGGGUCAUCCAAGGCACUCUCCACCUUAACUGCCCACACAACAGUGGUAAUUCUCUUCUUUGGGCCUUGCAUUUAUUUCUAUAUAUGGCCAUUUAGCAGAUUUUCUGUGGAUAAAUUCCUUUCUAUCUUCUACACUGUUUGUACACCCUUAUUGAACCCCAUCAUCUACUCUCUGAGAAAUGAAGAUGUGAAAGCAGCUGUGAGGAAGUUGAGAAGCCGUCAUGUUAACAGCUGGAACAAUUAGGGAUCAGUAGACAGCAGCAU